AUGUCGAUCCUGCUCCCUCUCUACGUAUACCCAAGCGCGGGCGCCUGGGACCCGCUAUACGCAGCAGCAAAAGCAUACCGAAAUGUCGACUUCAGAGUCAUCCUCAACCCCUGCUCAGGUCCCUGCAUGGGCUCCCUCCCCGACCAAGUCUACCUCGACGAAGUCCCCAAACUACACGCCUACCCCAACAUCCACACGCUCGGCUACGUAGCCACAGACUACGUCUCCAAACCCAUCGAGUCUGUCUUGGCAGAAAUCGACACUUAUGCGAGCUGGCCCUCUGUGACCAAAACCCCAAACAUGCGCGUCGACGGCAUCUUCCUCGACGAAACACCCAGCACAUACGACCCAGACGCCUACACCUACCUCGAAACCGCCAGCCGCGCAAUUAGGAACUCCUCUAAAUUCGUCGAUCGCUUCGUCGCACAUAAUCCUGGUCUUGUAGCCCCGGUACUGCUGAACUCGCCGACUGUGCUGCAAAAUUCUUAUCUCAAUCUUACGGAUCUGACGAUUAUAUAUGAAGAGACGUUUGAUAAGUGGCUGGAUAAGGAUGUCAUGGGUCCGCUGCAGGCGCAUAAGUUGAGGAGGAAGAAUUUGGCUGUUAUUCUGCAUUCGCUGCCGGAUGUGAAUGAUGAGACAUUGGAGUUUGUAGUGCAGCAGGUGGAGGAUGCGGCAGACUGGGUGUUUUUGACGAAUACGACGGAUAAUUACUAUCACGAUUUUAGUCCCAUGUUUGAGAAUUUGGUUAAGGCUGUGAACAUCGGGUGA